AUGGCUUGGGAGGCUGCAGGUCAGACCAACUUCGAGCGUGCCCAGGCAUUUCUCUUCUUCUACCGCGGCAGCGAUGCCGCCGUCAAUAGCGAACUCCGAUCUAUCGCUUCGAACCCCACAUACAAAGAUGUAGCUUCAUUAGCUGCUGCGGUUGGGAAGCGCGUCUUUGGCAACCGUCACACCAGCUUCAACACCAACCCGCUUUUGCAAUGGUUGCGUUUCAUGCUCAUCAAGAGCCAUGCACUCGCUUCCACCAAGACUAAGCCUGUCCGAGACUUCUUCUUCGACCCAUCCAUUUCCCGUAACUUGCCUCAACUCCCCGAAAACCCUGUCACAUACCAAUACCCCACUGCACCUCUCAAGGUCAUAAUUGUUGGUGGGGGACCUACAGGCCUCGCAUCUGCGAUCGCCCUGGCCGAGAAGGCCGGAACAAGAGUCGAGGUCCACGUUUACGAGGGCCGCUGGGUUCAGCAACCAGGCUCUUCUUUCGUUGGCUAUCCUCCCAAAGCUCGCCGUCGCGACCAGGUUGUCACACUCCAGGACUCCGUCACCGACCUCAUGAGCGACAGGACAAGACAGGCCGUCUUUGGCGAAUGCCCCGAGCGUGUUUGGCCUGGCUCUAGCAACCUGCAGAUUCGCAAGCUCGAAGAUGGCCUCCUGAGACGUGCACAAGAUAGCCAGUUCCGCGAUCUUAUCUUCUUGCAUGCGAUUCAGGUAAAGAGAGAGAACCUGGCAGAGUACGGCGACUUCCACCUCAUGCUCGGUGCUGAUGGUGCCGGCUCUUGGUUGCGCGUCGCAUAUUUUCAGGGACAGGAGGAAGAGGUUGGCAAGAGUUAUGCUCUUGGAGUCGCUUUCGACAGACCUCGAGGACUCCCUUUCUCGCAGCCUAUCAACAUCUUUCUUACCAUGGGCCAAACUCGUUACCUACUCAAUGCUAGCGAUUUUGAUGGAACUGGAUAUCUUAAUAUGCAAUUGACCGAAAAUGAGUGGCACCAGAUGAUUUCAGUGGAUGGCUACCCUUGCACGUUCGGCCGGCCAAGCUGUCUUAAGAUUAAUGGUCGUCUCCUCAAUGGAUACCAAGAAAACCAAGUUUUUGCUCCUUCUCAGCAACCUGAUAGUCCUCUCUGGAAGGCUAUCCUCGAUGGCCUCGAGCUGUACGGUUUCAAGCAAUGCGAAGUCACCAAUAUUGUCCGCAUUCCCAUUGUGGUCCGCCGAAUUAACAAAGCGAUUGAGCGACUUCCCCAAGGCGACUCUUCUGCACUUCGGCGACCUCACGGCAUCGUCGCUCUGGCGGGCGAUGCUGCAAUGACUGUCCACUUUUGGCCUGGCCGCGGUGCAAACUCUGGUAUGAAGGCUGGUAUUGCUUGGGCCGAUGAAGUUGUCCGCGCGCUCAUGCACAGCCAGUUUGUCGGGCUUGAGCCCAGAUCUCUAGAGAUGUACCACGACUUUCUGCAAAAGCUUCAGGAGCGUGAGCACGGCGGUCGCAGUUUACCCAUUGUAAAGCAGACUGGCGACCCCAACAUGAUGGCCUGGCUAAUGCGCAACGCACGCCUCAUUCCACAGCACGUUGCUAUGGAAUGGCUUGUUGGACAGAUGCGUCGCGAUGGCAUCCGGAUUCAGAAGCGUGCGGACUGGGCUUUCGAGCAGGUUGCCAAUUUAGAGACGCAACUGCGAGAAAUCUUGAAAAAGAUGGAUCCUGUCACUCUCCAGGAGAUGGCUGCCACAUUCCCGUGGCCAACGAGAGAGAUGGCUGGAGCGGAGGUACUGCCGGAGAGGUCCGUCGUGGAUGCUUGCUUGAAACAAGGUGAUAGCAGGCAAAAAGACCUUCCCAAGCUUGAGAAGCAAGCAAAGACAAAGAAAAAAGACAAGAAAAGGAGGAGCGCGGAGACCUCAUUGUCUGGUGAAGAGAUAUCCCCGGCUUUCCUGGCUAGCCUCGCCGCUGCUGUAAAGCCAACGUCCCAGCGAGCAUCCUGGCGUUCUUUCAGCUUCGGUAGGCCGACCCAGACGGUCCGAUAA